AUGGCGACUCUGCUCACUCCUCCUCCUAAACUUCUCUUCUCUACCGACAGUCGAACCUGCUGCCCUCUGCAGCCCCUCGCAUCUUCUUCUUCUUCAUCUGCUCUCUCCUCUAACCUUUCGUUCUCACUCUCGCUUCCCUCUCUCCUCAACACCACCACCAGUAACAGGAAGAGGAGAUGGCGAAGACUCUUCUGCCAGGGAAAAGGCGCGACGAACGGCACCGCCGUUCAAGUUGGCCAGCAGCGUCUUCUCAAAGUUCCGGUCCCGAACAUCAGGAAUUUCAGCAUCAUCGCGCAUAUCGACCACGGGAAGUCGACCUUAGCCGAUAAAUUGCUUGAGACCACUGGUACCGUUCAGAAGCGAGAAAUGAAGGACCAAUUCCUUGAUAACAUGGAUUUGGAGAGAGAGCGGGGCAUCACUAUCAAGCUUCAGGCUGCUCGAAUGCGUUACGUGUGUGAUGGUGAACCCUACUGCCUCAAUUUGAUUGAUACUCCUGGCCAUGUAGACUUCUCCUACGAGGUGUCUCGUUCGCUUGCUGCUUGUGAAGGCGCUUUGCUUGUUGUUGAUGCCUCUCAGGGAGUAGAAGCGCAAACAUUGGCUAAUGUUUAUUUGGCCUUGGAAAACAAUUUAGAAAUUAUUACUGUUUUAAAUAAAAUUGAUCUGCCUGGUGCUGAACCGGAUCGUGUUCUCCAAGAGAUUGAAGAGGUUAUUGGCUUAGAUUGUAGCAAUGCCAUUCUGUGCUCUGCAAAGGAGGGUAUCGGGAUAACUGACAUUCUGAAUGCAGUUGUGAAAAGAAUUCCCCCACCCACUGAUACUUCUCAAAAGCCCUUGCGCGCUUUAAUCUUUGACAGUUACUAUGACCCAUAUCGUGGUGUUAUUGUGUACUUCCGUGUGAUAGAUGGGACCGUAAAGAAAGGUGACAGGAUUUAUUUUAUGGCCAGCAAAAAGGAUUAUUUUGUUGAUGAAAUUGGAGUUUUAUCACCGAAUCAGUUAGAAGUGGAUGAAUUAUAUGCGGGUGAGGUGGGUUACAUCUCAGCUUCUAUAAGAUCGGUAGCAGAUGCCAGGGUUGGUGAUACUAUUACGCACUUCAGUAGAAAGGCAGAGUCAUCACUACCUGGAUAUGAAGAAGCUACCCCGAUGGUCUUCUGUGGGCUGUUUCCGGUUGAUGCUGACCAGUUUCCUGAAUUACGUGAGGCACUGGAAAAGCUGCAGCUAAAUGAUGCUGCACUCAAGUUUGAGCCGGAAACAUCAAGUGCCAUGGGUUUUGGCUUUAGGUGUGGUUUCCUGGGGCUUCUUCACAUGGAAAUUGUUCAGGAAAGAUUAGAGAGGGAAUACAAUCUCAGCUUAAUAACUACUGCUCCAAGUGUGGUCUACAGAGUUAACUGCACAAGCGGCGAAACUGUGGAGUGUUCAAACCCAUCUGCGCUUCCUGAACCUGGCCUGCGGAGAUCAAUUGAGGAGCCUUUAGUGAAGAUUGAAAUGCUUACACCCAAAGACUAUAUCGGCUCGCUUAUGGAGCUUGCUCAAGAUAGACGAGGAGAGUUUAAAGAAAUGAAGUAUAUCGCUGAGAAUAGGGCAUCGCUCACUUACAAGUUGCCCUUGGCAGAGAUGGUGGGUGACUUUUUUGACCAGCUGAAGUCCAGAAGUAAAGGAUAUGCUAGCAUGGAAUACACUUUUGUCGGGUACGAAGAAAGUGAUCUGAUAAAGCUAGACAUCCACAUUAAUGGUGAGCCUGUUGAGCCGUUGGCAACAAUCGUGCACAAAGAUAAGGCAUAUCCCAUUGGAAGGGCUUUGACACAGAAGCUAAAAGAGCUAAUACCCCGGCAAAUGUUUAAAGUGCCCAUUCAAGCAUGUAUUGGUUCAAAAGUUAUAGCAAGCGAAGCUUUAUCAGCAAUCAGGAAGGAUGUGUUGGCUAAAUGCUAUGGAGGUGACAUUACAAGGAAGAAGAAAUUGCUGAAGAAACAGGCUGAAGGGAAGAAACGGAUGAAGGCGAUAGGAAAGGUGGAUGUGCCUCAGGAAGCAUUCAUGGCUGUGUUGAAGCUUGAAAAGGAGGUGUUGUAA